UAAUGAGGAAGUUGUCAGGCAAAACUGUUUUCCAGGGUGGCUGAGGUAAGCCUCCUAUCUCCACUGAGCGGGAAGCCGCCUGGGACGGGAUGGGACGGGACAGGGCGGCGUAGUGGGCGGCCCCUGGCCCGGGGGCCGUGAGCUCAGCUAUAUAUGACUGUGCCCGAGCAUCUCUGAGACACUCGGGAGUUUGGGGGCGGCAGCAGCAGCCCCAGCAGCAGCAUCCUCUCCCCGGGAAGCUGGGCCUACCAUCCCCCAUUGGAUACAACUUCUGGCAGACGGGGCGGUGCUUCUCAGCGGUCCCUCCAGAGCCCUCUGGUCGGGGAGACAGGGGUGACUUCGUGGCCCAAGCACCAUGGAGCUUCCGCAGGGCCCGAGGAAGCCUCUCUCACAGAGAAGAGCCCGGUCCUGGGACAGGUCGCAGAAGCCCAGGAAGGACCCGGAGUCCCGGGAAGGCCAGUACCUCUCCCUGCCCGCCACGCCCCCCAGACGGGCGCCUGCGGGGAGGGCCCGCGACGGCAGCCGGCACCUCGGCGGCCCAGGGUCCCCGGAGGCUCCGGGCCCCGAGGCCCUCAGCCUGGAGACGGCCAGGGAGUGGCUCACCAGCGAGCAGAGGCCUCCGCGGGACAGGAAGGACAAGGCCCAGGGUCGCAGCCAGCAGGGAUGGCUGAAGACGAUGCUGAACUUCUUCCUGAGGACAGGCCCCGAGGAGGCCAGGGACAAGGCCGCCAGGAGGGCCAGGGCGAAGGAGGGCCUGCCCCCGCCCGCGGACGCCUCGGAGCCCAGGAAGAAAGCCCACGACAAGAAGGCCGGCCGCAAGAAGCAUGGCCACAGGAAGCACGGGGAUGGGGACGCCAACGGGCCCCCAGGCCAGGAAGCCGGAGGCCAGGACACAGCUGCUGCCUGGCGCUCCCAGGAGGCCAGCCUGGGCCCAGGACCCAGAGGCGGGGCGGACCCUGGCCCCCACCAGCCGGUGCUCAUGGAGGGCCAGGGUGCUGGGGCCUCGGAGCCGUCUUCCCAAGCCACGGGCCGCCGGCCGGAGGAGCCCCAGAAGCUUGACCAGCUUGACCAGGACACUAUCAUUCAGAUGAUAGUGCAGCUGCUCCGAGACGUGGGAGAUGAGUGGGAUGAAGAGGUCAGGGACCUGGCCCAGUUUUUCCCAUGCCCCCUACAACUUCAAGGCUCUCAGCGAGAAGUGGCCCCACAAAACCCGGCCCCAGCCGCCGUCAGGAAGAAAUCCCAGGAGAGAAAGCCCAGCCUCAGGAGAGCCUCUUCUCAUAAGAAGCAGGGCUCCGAGGAGCCCAGGAGAGCGGGGGCUGCGGAUGCUCCCAGCCCGGAGUCCCGGCCGGCCAAGAGGCCCAGCUUCCUGUACAUGUGCGUCGGGGGCCACCGGGCCUCCAUCUCCAGCAGCAUUGACUUGGAAGAACCUGAAGUCCAAGAGGCCUCGUCCACAGAUUGUGGGGGUCCAAGUCCCUUCGAGCCUCCCAUCCACACAGGAAGCCGGGCGCCCGGAGAGGACUUGCAGCCGGACAAAGCCUCGGAGUGCAAAGAAUUUAUCCAGAAGAUCGUGGCCCUACUCCAAGAUGCAGAGGAGCAGGAGGGGGAGAAGCAGCUCCAAGCCCAGGAGCCAGAGGUGGCCUCGGAAAACCCGGCCCCACCCUGCAGGAAGAAAUCCCAAGAGAAGAAGUCGAGCUUCCGCAAAGCCUUUUCCCAUAAGAAGCAUGGCUCCAAGGAGCCCAAGAGAGCGGGGGCUGCAGGUGCCGCCAGCCCGGAGUCCCGGCGGCCCAGGAGGCCCACCCAUCUUCCCCUGUGUGGGGGGGCCCGUCGGCCCUCCAUCUCCAGCAGCGUUGAUCCGGAGGAUCCUGAGUUCCGGGAGUCUUCGCCCGCAGAAGGGGGACGAGUCGGAUCCUCAGCAUCACCCUCCGAGGCCAGAAGCCACGAGCCAGAAGGGAGACCUCCGCCGGGCGGAGCGUGUGAAUCUAAGGAGCUGGUCAUCCAGCAGCUGGUGGCGCUCCUCCCAGCAGUGGACGGCCGUUUGGGGGAGCAGAUCAGGCGACACCCCAGCCUUAAGAAGUUUUUCUACCAGCUCCCAGACUCGUCCCUCAGAAAGCUGGCGGCCAACCUGCGCAGACGGGGCGCCUGCUCCCCUGAGCCCGGCAGGGGCCUCACGGAGAGGCCCUACCAGUUUGCCUUCGACUUGGCCAACAAGUACGCUGGCAGGAAUGGGCACACCGCCCUCAGCCUGAUGGGCCUGCGCUACCCCCGGCUCCCACACACGGAGGCCCCGCAGAACAUCACAAGUCUUGACAUCCAGAGUCCAGAUUGAAAGCUGUGCCUUGCACUCAAGUGCCCUUGAACUAGCCAAGCAAUUGGUGGCUUUGCCAGGAGACCCCGAAGAUGCUCCAUGAUUGUCCCAAUCCACUGCUUCCCAGACACGACUGCAGACAGAGGACAGCCUUCCGUGUCCUCACAUCGCCGUGGGCGUGAGACUGAGAACGCAGGACGCAUUCUCCCACAGAGCGAGAGGCGGACACACCCUGUUGGGAGAAAUAGCACUGGACUGGGACUUAGGAGACGCCGGGCUUCAACUGCUGACCUGCGUCAAACUUGCUGCAAGACCCUGCAUGUCCCUGGCCCCGCAGACCUUGGAUUCUGGGUGGAGGGGACCCACUGUGUCCCUUCGGGUCCUGUGCUCCGAAAUCUGUCUAAAGAGGGGCGGUGAGUGCUUUUACGCUGCGGCUAAACAUAGCCUCCCCCCUGAGCUGGAGGCACUCGCCAAAUGAAUGAAUGAAUGAAUGAAUGAAUGAACAGAAAGUUGGAGAACUCCUGAGAUUCAGGCAGCUUGGCAGGCAUCCCUAGAGGCCUUGCUCCUCAGCUGGAAUUGUACAACAAGGGGUUCUGUCUCUGCGCUGUGGGGUGGGGAGGAAGUGGGGGAGCCACCUCGACAAGCACUGGACCAAACUCUACAUUCUGGGACAGCCCUGGUGCCGACUUGUGCCCUUGAGUGUCUCCUGGUUUUCACUUUCAUGUAAGAGUUACCAAGUCCUUAAUCUUAUUUUUUUUUUUUUUACCGGAAUGUAUUUUAUUGAUCCACAGGGAACACCUG